CUUCCGUGUAGAGAUGUUGGCAAUAUUUCAUGGACACGCGUCAUGUUAACACACACACACUCUACAGAGCCACCUACAGGCGCCGUGACGUCACAGCAGCACCAUUUUCUCUAACGUGGAACGAAGAAUUCGAAAAUUGGAGCCUCGUGCGGAUGGAGCACGCGCUGCUCAGCCGUUACACAUGAGCCCCUCCUGAACAACGCGCUGCAGUGUUCCGGCAAUUAACUCGCGGUUUUUUGUGUCAUGAAAGCUUCAUAAGCGCUCGUCAUGUGAGUAAAUGUAAAAGGAGGGCCUUCAUUCUGUUCUUUUCAUCUUCAGGGAUUUACUCUGUAUAUAUAUAUUUCACUUCAGGAAGCGACGCGCUUUUCACGUAUCUUUCUUCAUUCUGCUGAAAAGCCUACGCUGACUCUUCACCGCUCGCUAUGGCUGAUUACCUGAUCAGUGGAGGGACUGGCUAUGUCCCAGAAGAUGGACUCACUGCCCAGCAGCUCUUUGCUAUAGGAGACGGCCUCACGUACAAUGAUUUCCUCAUCCUGCCUGGUUUCAUCGACUUCACGUCAGACGAAGUGGAUCUGACCUCAGCCCUGACCCGGAAGAUAACCUUGAAGACGCCUCUUAUUUCAUCUCCCAUGGACACGGUGACGGAGUCGUCCAUGGCCAUCGCUAUGGCUCUCAUGGGUGGAAUCGGCAUCAUCCAUCACAACUGCACACCAGAGUUCCAAGCAAAUGAAGUUCGGAAAGUUAAGAAAUUUGAGCAGGGCUUUAUCACGGAUCCAGUAGUGAUGAGCCCUCGGCACACGGUUGGGGAUGUGUUCGAGGCUAAGGUACGGCACGGCUUCUCUGGCAUCCCUGUAACCGAGACUGGUAAAAUGGGCAGCAAGCUGGUGGGAAUCGUCACGUCACGGGACAUUGAUUUUUUGUCAGAGAAAGACUAUGACAGACCGUUGGAGGAGGCGAUGACUAAGCGAGAUGAUUUAGUGGUUGCGCCAGCAGGAGUUACUCUAAAAGAAGCCAACGACAUACUGCAGCGCAGCAAGAAAGGUAAACUGCCCAUUGUGAAUGACAGUGAUGAACUGGUGGCUAUAAUUGCUCGCACGGAUCUGAAGAAGAACAGAGAGUACCCUCUGGCCUCUAAAGACUCGCGUAAACAGCUGCUCUGCGGAGCCGCCAUCGGCACGCGUGAGGACGACAAAUACCGACUGGACCUGCUCAUGCAGGCUGGUGUGGACGUGGUGGUGCUGGACUCAUCUCAGGGAAACUCUGUGUUUCAGAUCAGCAUGAUCAACUACAUUAAACAGAAAUACCCUGAGCUACAGGUGGUGGGAGGAAAUGUUGUGACAGCUGCACAGGCGAAGAAUCUGAUUGACGCAGGCGUGGAUGCGCUGAGAGUGGGCAUGGGCUGUGGAUCCAUCUGCAUCACACAGGAAGUGAUGGCGUGUGGGAGACCCCAAGGCACUUCUGUGUAUAAAGUGGCGGAGUACGCCCGCCGUUUCGGAGUGCCUGUAAUCGCAGAUGGUGGGAUUCAGACAGUCGGACAUGUCGUGAAGGCUCUCGCUUUGGGAGCGUCCACAGUGAUGAUGGGCUCCUUGCUUGCGGCAACCACAGAAGCUCCCGGAGAGUAUUUUUUCUCAGAUGGUGUAAGACUGAAGAAGUACCGUGGCAUGGGCUCUUUGGAUGCCAUGGAGAAAAACAGCAGCAGUCAAAAACGCUAUUUCAGUGAGGGUGAUAAGGUGAAGGUAGCUCAGGGAGUAUCUGGCUCGGUUCAAGAUAAAGGCUCCAUCCACAAGUUUGUGCCAUACCUCAUUGCUGGAAUCCAACAUGGCUGCCAGGAUAUUGGUGCAAAGAGCCUGUCCAUCUUACGCUCUAUGAUGUACUCUGGAGAGCUGAAGUUCGAGAAGAGGACCAUGUCUGCUCAAGUGGAGGGCGGCGUCCAUGGCCUGCACUCUUACGAGAAGCGAUUAUACUGAGGGUGGGAGCAGAGGCCAUACAACCCUAGCUGUGACCAAACACGACUGAUUCAUCCGAUCACUUCUGCAUUCCUCCUCUCCUCCCUUCUUCUGCCUGGUCGUCCAUCCUCUUCUGAAGAAACAAUGGCGUGUUUUUCUUGACCAGGUGUGUUCAGCAGCAGCCGUGCAGGUAUCCUGCACUCUACCUUUUGUAACGCAGACAUGGACAUCGUUGUGCACUGUUGUGUGAAAACAACUGGCUUCCUUGUUUUUUUUUUUUUUUCUUUUUUUUAUAGUUCUUUUGUAUGUCUUGUUGUUUCCAUUUUCUCAUUAUGACAAUCCUCUGAUGUCUUUGUAUCUUUGUUCUUACAGGAUAGUGUAAAGCCUCGGUCACAACCGGCCGUACGUGCUCCUACGGCCGGUCUACGUGCAAGAAACGCACGGAGGGCGCACGUGUGACGUGCUGAUUUUCGAGCCGUAGACCGGCCGCAGAGGUUCUUUGUCAUGUCAAACAAACUCUAUGGGCGCUUACGUUUUUUUUUCAGGUUGCAAGACAAACUUGAGGCCAACGUGCGUCUUUCUCCACAAACAAAAAAAAAAACGCAGCGAUUUGGGAAAUGCCAAAAAUCGCACGGCCAAAAAAUCGUACGUCCAGUUGUGACCUAGGCUUAACUCACUCAUUGCUUUUCAACUUGCGAUCAGUGUAACCAAAAUCCUUCUUGUUAAAUGUCUUCUUUGUGGGCCGACUAGCAAUAAGCUUUAAUACUGUGCACCUGGCUGGUGUUCUGGUCACUAUAAAGGUACUGGGAGUACAAAUGAGAACGGCUCGAUAAUGGCGUUUUGACAUGAAGUUAACGUACUCCUUUCACAAACCUUGAUUCAGUGUGCUUUUUAGGUUCUCCAGUUAGCAGGCUUCGACGAUGGAACCAGAAGCUAAGGGAUAGCCUUAAGUUAAAAUCAGAGGUCCUUUCCACCUACACGCCUUACAAACGAAAGCGAAGUGUAGCAGUACCAUGCUACCACAGUAAUGCUCGAUGAUUGGAAUUUAUUUUAGUAUUUUAAUUCAAUAUCUACACACACACACACACACACACACACACACACACACACACACACACACACAAUCUUAGCCAAAUGAAGCAUCACAUCUGGCUACAACAAUACAAUAACGAUUAACAAGUGGUUGCAGUUGUGGUAGUGCAGCCGUUUAAUGGCGUUAAACUUUCCAGUGUGGGUGACUUUUUGAUCUGAGUAGAGCAACAUUUGUCGUGUGUGUUAAAGUUUGUGACAUAAUGCUACAGUGGGGCAAAAAAGUAUUUAGUCAGUCACCAAUUG